AUGUUCAUCUCAAGAGUGACGGACAGAUGUCUACCCUUCUUCCGCAAUCUAAAGAAAUCAUUCGAAUGGACGGACGAAUGUCAGACGGUAUUUAACGACUUAAAGGCAUAUCUUUCAUCCCCAUCGUCGCUCAGUCCAUCCAAGCCAAUAGAAGAGCUUUACCUGUAUUUAGCCAUUUCACAAGCUGUUGUAAGCGCAGCCUUGGUAAGAAAGGAAGAUGGAUCUCAAAAACCAGUUUACUUUACUAGCCGAGCGCUUCGAGGGGCAGAAGAGAGGUACCCUCAGAUGGAGAAGUUGGCUUUCGCAUUGAUAAUCGCAACGCGAAGACUUAAGCCAUACUUCCAAUUGCAUACUAUCAUCGUCUUGACAAACAAGCCCUUGAGAAAGGCUAUGAGUAGUCCAAAGGCAGCAGGAAGAAUGACUUUGUGGGCAGUAGAGCUAAGCGAGUUUGAUAUACAAUACCAUCCACGAACGGCUAUGAAAGGGCAGGUAGUGGUUGACUUUAUCGCCGAAUUCACCAUCGUGGAUGGCCAAGGCAUAGAGGAGAAGAGACAAUGGAAUAUUUAUACGGACGGAUCUUCAAAUAGACGAGCCGGAGGAGCCGGUGUGGUGAUCCAAACCCCGGAGGGAGAUAAAAUCCAGUGUAUAAUUCGUCUAGAUUUCCCUACAACUAACAACGAGGCAAAAUAUGAAGCUUUGGUGGCAGGGCUAGACCUCGCAAAGGUUGCAGAUAGGGAAAAUGUGGUCAUACAUUGCGACUCACAAGUGGUAACGAGUCAGAUCAAUGGCGGCUAUGAGUGUAAGAAUGAUAGAAUGAAGAGGUAUCUAGAAGAAGUAAAAUACCGAAUCGGCGACCUCGAAGUCAAAUUCUUUCAAAUCCCAAGGGAAGAGAACGAAUGUGUCGACCAUCUAGCAAAAGCUGCCUUAGCCGAAUGUAUACUUGUCACCGAACAGGUAUUAUCAUUCGUUCAACUCUCCUCACUUAUCGAUAACGGAAUAAGUAUACAGGAAGUAGACUCUGAAUGCAAUUGGACUACGCCAUUAAUAUCCUAUCUGAAAACCAACGUGUUAUCGGACGAGAAAGGCGCCGCAAGAAAGUUAAAGGUCCAGGCAUCACGGUUUGUGCUGAUGAAAGAUGUCUUAUAUAAAAGAGGGUUCUCUCAACCAUACUUGAGGUGUUUAGGCCACGAUAAAGCAAAUUACAUAAUGAGAGAAAUCCAUGAGGGUAUCUGCGGAAACCACUCAGGCGUACGAUCAUAG